AAACCCUCCCACACCCCAGUGCCCUCCUGAGGUGCCCUGGGUGUCCUUCAUCUGUACAGGGGGGACGUUCUCCAAUGCCAUGUCCAAGGCAGCUCAGAACCCCAGUGCAGCCCCCAUUGGGCUGAUUCCUGCCAGCCCUGCUCCCUUCCCACCCCAGCCCCUCCCUGGUGUUCCUGGAGCCCCAUUGCAGGGGCAGAUCCCAGAAUGACAGAAUGUGCCCAGUGGGAUGGGACCCACAAGGAUCAUCGAGUCCAACUGCUGGCUCUGCACAGGCCCAUCCAGAGAGUCACAGCAUGUGCCCAGGAUAGACUGCAAAGAGCUGUUGAAGUGUGUGAGGGUUGGUGCUGUGAGCACUGCCCUGCUGCCAAGUGCCCAGGAGGCAGGAAGGGGCAGCAGGCUGGGGCAGUGGGAUGUGCUGGGGUGGCAGCCGGGGGGAUGCUGACUCAGGGAGGGGCAGGAGCGGCCCAGCCCUGGUGGCAUCAGCAGCAGGGAGUGUCCCCUGUGCCCAUUGGCCCGGCUGGGGCUGAGCACUGCUGGGGCUGCUAUAAAAGGCCCGGCCGGGCCAGGCUGUGCCAAGCUGCUCUGGCCACCUUGUCCUCGGGGAACAGGGUAAGUGUGGCAGCGCUUGUGCUGCUGGCUCCUGCUGCAGCCCCGGCCCCCGGGCCUGGGCCGCUGCCCUCUGCUGCUCUGCUGCCAUCACUGCUGCCCUCUUGCAGAGCUCCAGCGCAUCCCUGGCCGACAUGUCCUGCUACGAGCUGUGCCCCCCCAAAGCCAGCGUGGCUGUGCCCAAGCCCAGCGUGGCUGUGCCCCAGCCCAUCGCCGAGAGCUGCAACGAGCUGUGCGCCCGCCAGUGCCCCGACUCCACGGCCUUCAUCCAGCCGCCCCCCGUGGUGGUCACCUUCCCCGGCCCCAUCCUCAGCUCCUUCCCCCAGCAAGCCGUGGUGGGCUCCGCCGGAGCCCCCGCCUUUGGGGGCUCCCUGGGGCUGGGGGGCCUCUACGGCCAAGGGGCCACCCAGGCCUCGGGGGGCCUCUGCACCUUCCCCACAGCCUGCGCUGCUCCCGCCUGCAGCCCUUGGCUCCUGCCCCGCUACUCCAGGAAAAUCUGGGACACCUGCGGGCCCUGCUAGACCCAGCCCACACCCCACUGCCAGCGCUCACCACGCUCCACAGCCCAGCAGCUGCACAACAGCCCUUGGCCUCCUCCAGCCCGGCACCACCAGCCUGCCUGGCUCUUGCCCACCAGCUCUCUCCCACUCUCCCCUGACCCUCUCUGCUCAAUAAACUUUUCCUGCAGCCAA